AUGGGCGCCGGCAGCUCCACGGAGCAGCGGAGCCCGGAGCAGCCGGAGGCGGGCGGCGGGGCGCCGGCCGAGCCCCAGCCCCAGCCCGGCGGCCCGGUGCUGGCGGAGGCGGCGGAGGCGGAGGCGGCGGGAGCCCCCGGGGACCCCGGCAUCGCGGCCGCGGACCCCGCCGCCAAGCUCCUCCAGAAGAAUGGUCAGCUGUCCACCCUCAACGGCUUAGCUGAACAAGAAGAGCUCACCGCCCAGGAGGGGGCCCUGAAUGGCCAGGAGGCGGAAGUCAUUGUCCCAGAGAUUGGACAGAGAGAGUCCGAAGAUGAGAGAGAGUCAGACAAGGAGAUGGCUGCCAACUCCUCGGCGGUCCAGGACAUGGCAAAGGAUGGGCAGGAGGAGAUGCCGGAAAUAAUUGAGCAGGUCCCUUCUUCGGAGAGCAACUUAGAAGAGCUAACACAGCCUGCCGAGUUGGCCCAGACCAAUGACGUCGGGUUUAAGAAGGUGUUUAAGUUUGUCGGCUUUAAGUUCACUGUGAAGAAGGAUAAGAGCGAGAAGUCCGACCCGGCCCAGCUGCUCACUGUCCGGAAAGAGGGAGGUGAAGGAGCCGGAGAGUCCGAGGGGGCCGGUGACCACCAGGAGCCCAGCCGGGAGGCCGGCGAAGCAACACAUAAGGAAAGAGAGCUGAAACAGUCCGCAGAGAAACCUGAGGACACCCCAAAACCCGAGGACACCCCGAAACCCCCCGAGCAGAGCAGCUCAGACAUCUCUCUCCAAGCCGAGUCCGGUCAAGCGGCCGGGGAAGGCAGAGAUGGGGAAGAAAAACAAGACAAAGAGCCAGCCAAAUCUCCAGACUCUCCCACCAGCCCGGUGGCCAGCGAAACGGCGUCGCCCUUCAAAAAAUUCUUCACCCAGGGCUGGGCCGGCUGGCGAAAGAAGACCAGCUUCCGGAAGCCCCGGGACGAUGAGCUGGACGCUUCGGAGAAGAAGAAGGAGGAGGAGCCAGAGCCAGACCGAGGAGACGCGGAGGAAAAGGAAAAGACGGACGACGCCUCCGGGAAGCCGGCUGCCCCCGAACAACCACAGCCACGGGAGGCCAGACUGUCGGCCGAGUACGAGAAGGUGGAGCUGCCCGCUGAGGGUCCAGGGCAGGCGUCCCCCGAGGAGCGAUGCGCCCCGUUAGCCACAGAAGUGUUUGACGAGAAGGUGGAGAUCGUGGCAGAGGUCCACGUGAGCACGGCAGAGCGGGCGGAGGAGCAGAAAGCGGAGGUGGGAGGACCAGAGGGGCCCCCGCCAUCGGAAAAGCUGGCCGAAACCGAUGCUGAGCCUCAGGAAGUUGGACCUCCACCAGGGGGUGCGCCUGGAGGGGACCCCACCCAGCCCCUCCAGCCCCCCCAGCCUCCCGAAGCAAGUCCCGAUGACGAGAAGGCGCCGCCUGCCCAGCCCGAGGGCGUGGUGGGCGAGGCGGAGAUGCUGGCCUCGCAGGAGAGGGGGAAGGCGCAGGGGAGCCCCCUGAAGAAGCUCUUCAGCAGCUCCGGCCUGAAGAAACUCUCCGGGAAGAAGCAGAAAGCGAAGAGGGGGGGUGACGAGGAGUCGGGCGACCAGCCGGCGGCCCCGGCCGACUCCCCGGACAGCCCCGAGGAGCAGAAGGGCGAGAGCUCGGCGUCCUCCCCCGAGGAGCCCGAGGAGAUCACCUGCCUGGAGAGGGGCAUCGCCGAGGCGCCCGCCCAGGACGGGGAGGCCGUGGAGGAGGGCGCCGCUUCCGACGGAGAGAAGAAGCGAGAGGGCGUGACCCCCUGGGCGUCCUUCAAGAAGAUGGUGACGCCCAAGAAGCGGGUGCGGAGGCCCUCGGAGAGCGACAAGGAGGAGGAGCCGGAGAAGGCGAAGAGCGCCACGCUGUCCUCCGCGGAGAGCGCGGCCUCCGAGGCGCCGGAGGAGGGCAAGGGCCCCGGGGACGAGCCCAAGGCCGAGGAGCCCAGGCGCAAGGUGGACACCUCCGUGUCCUGGGAGGCGCUGAUCUGCGUGGGGUCGUCCAAGAAGAGAGCGAGGAAAGCGUCCUCUUCCGACGAGGAGGAGGGACCCAAGCCCGCGGCGGCGGCGGCGGCGGGAGAAGGCCCAAGGCCGGAGGACGCAGGGAAAGACCACGAGGCCGGACCAGACGCCGUCCCCGCCGGCUCCCAGGAGCCCGAGCCGGGGCCCGGGAGCUCCUCGCCCGAGCAGGCGGGCAGCCCGUCCGAAGGGGAGGGCGGCGUCUCCACCUGGGAGUCCUUCAAGCGGCUGGUCACCCCGAGGAAAAAGCCCAAGUGCAAACCGGAGGAGAAGCCCGACGACGCCGGAGCGGGGGCCGGGGCGGAGCACUCGGCCGCGGAGGGGGAGCCCGGGAAGGAGGAGUCCUGGGUCUCCAUCAAGAAGUUCAUCCCCGGGCGGAGGAAGAAGAGGUCGGACGGCAAACAAGACCAAGCCGCCGGCGCCGCCGCCGCCGAGGCCCACGAGGAGGACUCCGACGUGCCGGCCGUGGUCCCGCUGGCCGAGUACGACGCGGUGGAGAGGGAGAAGCGGGAGGCGCAGCAGGCCGAGCGGAAGGGGGCCGUCUCUGUGUCCGAGGAGCUCAGCAAGAGCCUAGUCCACACCGUGACCGUGGGCGUCGUCGAUGGGGCCAGGGCCGUUACCGACAUCGAAGAGCGGUCGCCUUCCUGGAUCUCCGCGUCGGCGGCGGCGACAGGGCCUGUGGACCGAGCCGAAGAGGAAGCCGGGCCACCCACGGCGGCGGGGCUGGAGAGAGAGGUCAUCCCGGCCCCGCCUGAGAGCCGAUGUGCUGGGGAGGACUCCAGGGCCGGUGAGGACACCAGGGCCGGGGAGGACACUGUGGCCCGUGAGGACACCAGGGCCAGUGAGGACACCAGGGUCGGGGAGGACACUGUGGCCCGUGAAGACACCAGGGCCGGAGAGGACACUGUGGCCGGUGAGGACACUGUGGCUGGUGAGGACGCCGUAGCCGGUGAGGACACCAGGGCCGGGGAGGACACCAAGGCCGGGGAGGACACUGUGGCCGGUGAGGUGGAACUGACUGCCGAGGCAGUGACCGCUGCAGAACCCACGGAGGCAACCGAGGCAUCCGGGGCCGAGGAGACCGCCGACAUGGUUUCGGCCGUCUCCCAGCUGAGCGAGUCCCCAGACACCACCGAGGAGGCCACGCCAGUUCAGGAGGUGGAGGGCGGCGAGGCCGACGUGGAGGGCCAGGAGCGGCGGACCCAGGAGGUCCUGCAGGCGGUGGCAGAAAGGGUUCAAAAAGCGUCACAGCUUGAUGUCCGGGGCCCGGGGGCCACGCGGAAGGUGGAAUCCCAGCUGCCAGAGGUGGCAGAGGCCGAAGAGGAUCCUCCCGUGGAGGAGGCGGGCGUGGCGGUGCAGGGACACGCAGGAGAAACGAAGACUGAGGAUCUGCCACAGGGGAAGGUCCUUGGACAGGCCGCCCCAGAACACGCUGAAGAAGUCCCUCAAGUCCCCGAGAAUGUCACGUCUAGCGAGCUCAUAGCCCCCUGCCACGCUGAAACCCUGGCUGGGGUGAAAUCAGGGAUGGUCCUGGAACAGGCUGUUGGCCCGGACUCGGCCGAAAACCUCACUGACAGCGAGGCCAGUGGGAGCACCCCCGUAGCCGACUGUGAAGCUGGCCAUUGCUCACAGCAAGACACGGCCACGGAAGUCCACGCAGAGGGGGAAGGCGCACCCGGUACGAAGCCGCGGGUCGGGGAGGCCCAGGCAGUUCCCCCGCUGAGAGAGACGCGCCCAGCACCCUCCGGGCUCCAAUCCCAGGAAGAAAAGAAAGAACACCCGGAAACCGAAGAGGGUCUAGAACAUAAAGAGGUACCAGUGGAGACGGUGCCCAUUCUCUCAAAGGCGGAGGUGACUCAAGAGGCCGGCCAGUUUGCUGAUGAGGCAUCCAAAGACGCGCCCUCGGUGGAAGGACUUGACGUGUCUGCGGACGCAGACAUAACAGCGAGCCAGAAAAGGACCGUCGAAGUCGCCCUUAAAGAGGAAGUGACCGAAGAAGCUGAUGGUCCAAAGAAUGAAAAGACUGAAUUCCAGAGCCCUGCUCAGGCUCCUGCAGCCCCAGGGGAGAGAGAGUUGGCAGUGCAAGUGGAAAGGGAGGAAACGGAAGCCCAGGCGGCCCACGUGAGGGAAGAGGCACGUGAGCCCAAACCAGUGCACGUGCUCAGCAGCCAGCGGGUCCAGUCAGUCCACGUGACCGUCAUCGACGGGGAGAAGGAAGUUAGCCGUCUUGAGGAAAGCUCUGCUUGGCUAGUUCAAGGGCAAGCGCUCUGCACAGACAUCCAAGUUCAGAGCCCGGAGGCGGCUUUACCGCUCGCAGCUGUGUCUGUGGAGGAGCAGGUCUUGGGAGAAACCGUCCAGCUUUUCGAGGCAGCUAGGCCUUGGGAGUGUGCAGAGGCACGCGUGGAGCUCAGCAAGAGCCUGGUCCACCCCGUGACCGUGGCAGAGCCCUCUGACGGAGGAGGCGCUGUCGGUCAGCCAGGGGGAGGCGCAGCCACCCCGGCAGAAGGCGUCAGUGCCGACCCGGAGAGAGAGAAAACCACCUCUCAAGGAGGGAAGUCCGAAGAAGAAGACAGCAAGCAGGUUAGCGGUCAGGGAGAUAGCGUGAGCGAGACGGGAGAGGAAAGUUUAAAGGCCGAAGAGGAGAUUUUGCAACUUCAGACGGAGAGCCAGAAACUCGUGCAAAACGUCAUCGAGACGGCCGUGGGCCAGUUAGUAAGCACCGAAGACACGGCCCCCGACAGCCAGCCCCCGGCCCCGCUGACGGAGGCUGACCAGCAGGAAGCCGAGCAGAGAAUCGAAAAAGAAGAAGGGGAACCUCAGGGCCCGGCAGAGGCUGACGCGGCCCGAGAGCAGUCCGCGCUGACCACCGUGGGCCAGAGCCCCUCCGACAUUCCCAAAGGCGCGGCCGCGGCUGCAGAGGAGGCCACGGCCGCGGCCUCGGGGGUCCCAGGCUCCCAUGUCGAUGCCCAGCAGCGUGAAGAGCUCGUCCACCCCGCCCAGGACAAGAGAGAAGCCACCGGAACCAGGUCUGAGCCCGAAUUCGGCGAUCGAGCCCACGGCUUGGGGGAGAGAACAGAGAACGAAGCCCAAGAAAAGGAGAGACGUGACGCCGUCGAUUACCCCGAGAACCAGAUCUCAGCCCUGGUCGACCCCGAGGCCUCGGGGGACUUAACCAAAGAGUCCCCGGAUGCCAACGGACCGAAGCUAAAAGAGAAGGAGGUGGGGUUUCAGGAAGGAAAAGGGCAGAGCGCGCCUGAAAAAGAGAUCAAAACACAGACUCCGGAGGAGACACAGGAGCAAGAGAGGCAGCCAGCCACGCCGGAACUCGCAGAGUCCUAA